AGCUAUCAUCCGUCAGUUGAAUGGAAGCUUCACAAUUCUUAUAAAAUGACUAUGAGCUGGGGAGCCAAAGUUGCAAUUUACUCCAACUCCUUUAACAAAAAUUUACAUAUCAAUCCCAGAAAACAAAGGCAGCAGUAGCAAGAAUCUGCGCCAUGGCUCGAAAUGGAGGUGAAGAGGAAGACAGUGAUAUAAAAAAACACAAAGAUAUCAUUUUGAAAGCACUGGAAGAUCUUGUUACUGUGAACUCACUCUUCACAAUGGCUGUGUUCGUAGGCAUAUCAAUGGCAUCUCCUAACAACAAUACUUUUGAAACCCGACCCGAAUGCCAAUCAGAUACAAAAAAGGAGAAAAGUGUGAUCGUUUUCGAAAUUAUAUCAUUUGGUUGCUUUAUCUUUUCAAGCAUGCUGGCCAAAUCACUGGGGAUUUAUCUCAACAUGUUUUACUCCGGUAAGGUGAACGGUUCGUUGCUGAAGCCAAUCAGGGGCUUGGUAUUCUUGGUAUCGUUACUGGCAACGAUUGCUGGGGUCGCUUUAUUGACAUGGUCAGUGAUUUAUGUUGUGGAGAUUAAGGUAGGGAACCUUUCUUGUGAGACCGAGGAGGCUCUGUUUGCAGUAGUGUCGCUAGUUGUGCUUGUGGGUGUUGCUCUCUUAUCUUACUUAUUCUCAAUGGCAUUUGCUAUCUUGCACUGUAUGGUAUUCUAGACACAGAGAUGGCGGUAGAAGUCUUGAAAAUCAAUAAAUUGUACGAUUUAUUUUCACC